AUGAUGGGGCAGUGGUGGGCAGACCUGUUUGCCCUGUUCAUCUUUGCCACAGCAUUCCUCUCCACUUCACAUGCCAAAAACAAAGACUUUCUCUCAAACACUCUGAUCAACAACGUGGCAGCAGAUCCUCGGACGGGCCGCCUUUAUGUCGGAGCCGUAAAUGCCCUUUAUCAGCUGAACUCUAACUUGGAAGUGGAAUCCCAGACAGAAACUGGACCCAAGCGGGACAAUCGCCAGUGCACGCCCCCGGUCACUGAUGCCUGUGAGGAGGCAGUGGACACGGACAAUCACAACAAGUUAUUGCUGGUGCACAGUGCCAAAGAGGUUCUGGUGGUGUGCGGGAGCGUGUUCAGGGGCAUCUGCUCUUUGAGGAACCUGAGCCACGUGGAGCAGAGGCUUUACUUCAGCGAUACCAAAGGAGAGAAGUCCUACGUGGCCAGCGCAGAGGAGGCGGUGUCAGUAGUUGCCGUCAUGUCCUAUUUUACGAAGGACAGAGACAACUUUACUGUGUUUUUGGUGGGGAAGGGCUACGGGAGCCAUGACAGCACCAAGCUGAUCUCCACACGUAUCCUGCAGGACUAUGGAGACUGGGUGGUUUUCGACAGUAUUAUUGAGGCCUCUGCAGUGCAGGCGAACCCCUUUGUCUUGCGCUACUUGCACGACUUUCGCUUUGCCUUUAAAGAUGGUGGCUUUGUCUACUUCCUUUUCUCUCGGACGCUAGGAGUCCAGGACACUAAAAACUUCACAUUCAUCUCCAGAAUGUGUGAGGAUGACCAAGGAUACUACUCAUAUACAGAGCUCCAGCUGAACUGCAGCCUUUCAAACAAGUACAACAAAGUCCAGGCUGCCUAUGUGUCCACACCAGGAGAAGUCCUGGCACAAAAUAUGACCAAAUCAAACCAGUAUGGGCAGGUUUUUCCAUCAGACAAGGUGCUGUUCGUAACGUUCACCUCAGACGAGGAUUCACAUCACUCUGCUAUGUGUAUGUAUCCCCUGCGCUCCAUUAAUAAUAGGUUGGUUGAGAUCAUUGAUGCUUGCUAUAGCUACAGCGGAAUAAUCAAAAACAAGCCUGCAGUAUACUCUCCCUAUUCCUCUAAGUCAGAGGAGUUGUGCCUUAACAAUAACCAGAACAACAUGGGUCUUAAAUAUAAGUGUGGAGCUGAGUUUUUGCCUUCACCAUUGGCCAGUAAGGCUGAGUUUGCCUUAAGCUCGGAGCCUGCAUUUACCCGAAAGGGCCAAAUGACGGCUGUGGCGGUCGCUGUUGAAAUGGGGCAUGCUGUGGCGUUCCUCGGGACAUCCACUGGAGAGGUUCUGAAGGUCCACCUCUCGGCCCCCUCAGAGGGGAACAUACAAACACUGGCUGAAGCGACAGGAGAUAAGGUCAACAAGGACCUGCUGUUUGACUCCGGCCUUCAGCAUCUGUACAUUACCACUGAGAAGAAGAUCAGCAAAGUUCCGGUUCAGGCGUGUCAUCUGAAGACCGACUGUCAUUCCUGUGUCACUUUGAAAGACCCGUACUGUGGAUGGUGUGUGCUCGAGGGAAAGUGCACCCGCAAGCAGGAGUGUGGCAGGUCCAUGGAUGAAAACACCUGGUUGUGGUCUCCGAAUCAGCAAUGCGUCGAGAUCAAGGCCUUUUCUCCCCCGAACAUCAGCUGCAGGAAGACCCAGCAGGUGGACAUCAUCAUCCCCUCCCUGCCCAGGCUGAGGUCUAAUGAUUCUCUGCAUUGUGUGUUUAACGGACACCCCAGUGAAGCAGCGAUGGAUAGUUAUAGUAAAGUCGUCACCUGUGCGUUGCCUGAACCAGCAAAUAUCCCAUCUACUCCAGAACAGCAAGAUUUUGUGUCUGUUCCUGUGAGAGUCAUGGUAAACACAGACAUAGAGGUGACAUCGAGCCACUACCACUUUUACAACUGCGCCGCAACUGUCAGAAAGAAUCCCAAUACACCGUGCAUUUCGUGUGUGACCAGUGACUGGGGCUGUCAGUGGAAUGCCCAGGAGCACAGCUGCAGUGACCAGGAGGACACUGUGUUUGGGAGCCACAUAAUCAAACCACAACAGCCCGACAGCUGUCCUCAGUUCGAGUCUCCAGAGCCUCUGCUGAUCCCUGUUGGCUUCGAAAUCCCCAUCACUUUCCGAGGCCGAAACCUGGACAUUUAUUCUGGUCAAAGGUUUACCAUUGGGACAGAGUUAAUGAAGAGUACUGAGCACCCCGUUCUUCAAGAGGAGAGGACCAAAUUCAAGUUCAGAGGAUACAAGUUUUCCUUUGAUAAACAGCAAGAAACCAACGUCUCGUUCCACAUUAAAGAUCAAAGCACAGAGAAGAAGAUUGACAGCACUCUGACAGUGGUCCUGUAUAACUGCUCCGUGGGCAGGGAGGACUGCAGUCUCUGUAAACACGCCGACUCCAAGUACCAGUGCGUGUGGUGCGCCUCCUCUCACACAUGUGUUUACCAGGACCUGUGCAAGUCUCAGCCGCUGGAGCUGUGUCCAAACCCCCAGAUCACAGACAUCAUCCCUCGUUACGGCCCCCUCAAUGGUCAAAUUGCGGUAACAAUCAAAGGCUCCAACAUGGGCAUAAAGAAAGAGGACAUCAAGAAGAUCACUGUGGCUGGAGUGGAAUGUGUGCACCAGGAAGAUCGAUAUUCUGUCUCCACGAGUGUGGUGUGUGAAAUUGGCCCUGCAAAGCGAACGCCUCCAUCUGACAUCCCGUUCCCACCACGAAACCAGGGCACGGUGAACAUAGAGGUGGAGGGAGGGCGAACGGGAACGUCUCAGGUCAUUUUCAUGUACCGGGACCCCAAACCAGACUAUGUAACGCCAGCCAGAGGUCCAGCAGCAGGAGGGACAGUCAUCACUAUUGAAGGAGAAGACCUGGACACCGCCACUAAAGACGACGUGACCAUCACUGUCGGAGGAGUGCCGUGCAAAGUCCUGUCCUUUGGGAUACGGAUCACAUGCAAGACGGGCCAGUACCGCGGGCAGAAGAUUCCCUCCGAUCUGCUUACGGUGACUGUGAAUUAUGGGGGAAACACCACUAAAGACGUGCCGGCCGCCUACCAGUACGCAGAGAACCCCAAGAUCACAGGCUACAACCCCAAGACCAGCUUUGUGUGCGGUGGGCGUAGUAUUGUUGUGACUGGAACUGGCUUUGACUUGAUUCAGAGAGCAGCAAUGAAAGUGUUGCAGGACUCCACUCUGAUUGAGUUUGUGCAGGAGGUGAAGAGUAAAAACGACAGCGUGCUUCUCUUCAGCUCUCCGGCGGUGAACUGCUCUGUGGAGUCCAUCAGGACGGUGGUGCAGCUGGACAACGUGCAGGAGGAACUCGAGCACUUCGACUACCACCUGAACCCCACCUUCGACCGCCUCAACAAGAACGUCAUCACCGAGACCAGCAUCAUCAUCGUCACAGGUCGUGGGUUUUCUAAAGCCAUGACCGUGAAAGAGGCUCAAGCUUUUGUUGGAGAUGCUUCUUGUCAUGUGAAUAUACUGCAGGAUGAUAAGUUGAUCCUGGAGGCUCCGUCUACUCAACCUCGAUCCAGAUCCAAACGCCAACGCAGAGACACGGCCGACGACCUGCUCGAACUUAUGGUGAAGUUUGGGGAUGGGGAGUGGUUGGUGGGCAAGGUGUACUAUGCUAAAAAAGAUGACAUCCCCUUGGCAAUUAUCAUCCCAGCUGUAAUUGUUCCUAUGCUCCUCUUCAUCUUGAUCUCAGUCUACUGCUACAGGAGAAAGAGUCAGCAGGCAGAACGAGAGUACGAGAAAGUCAAACACCAGCUGGAAAAUCUGGAGGAAAGUGUGAGAGAUCGAUGCAAGAAAGAGUUCACAGAUCUGAUGAUUGAAAUGGAGGACAAUACCAGUGACUUGAGCGAGGCCCGCAUGCCUUUCCUGGACUACAAAACCUACACGGACCGCACCUUCUUCUUGCCGUCAAAAGAUGGCGCCAAUGAUGUCAUGAUCACGGGGAAGAUCCAGAUCCCAGAGAACCGCAAGGCAAUAGUGUCCCAGGCCCUGAACCAGUUCUCCAACCUGCUCAACAGCAAAACCUUCCUCAUCAAUUUCAUCCGCACCCUGGAGAGCCGCCCCGACUUCAACGCCAGGUCCCGCGGUUAUUUCGCCUCUCUCCUGACGGUGGCGCUGCACGGGAAGCUGGAGUACUACACGGACAUCAUGCGGACGCUGCUGCUGGAGCUGAUGGACGAACACGUGCUGAACAAAAACCCCAAACUCAUGCUCAGAAGGUCUGAGACGGUGGUGGAGAGGAUGCUCUGUAACUGGAUGUCGAUCUGUCUUUAUCAGUUCCUCAGAGACACGGCAGGAGAGCCUUUGUACAAACUGUUCAAGGCCCUAAAACAUCAAGUGGAGAAGGGGCCAGUCGAUGCCAAGCUGAAGAAGGCCAAGUACACGUUGAAUGAUACAGGGCUGCUGGGUGACGAUGUGGAGUACUCUGUUCUGACAUUGCAGGUGCUGGUUCAUGGCGAGGGACCAGACGUGACUCCUGUCAAAGUGCUCAACUGUGAUACAAUUACACAGGUGAAGGAGAAGAUUAUUGAUCAGGUGUACAGAAAUCUUCCAUACUCUCAGAGGCCCAAAGUGGAGAGUGUUGCUCUUGAGUGGCGGCCGGGCUCCACGGGGCAGAUUCUGUCGGACCUGGACUUGACUUCACAGAAAGAAGGACGCUGGAAGAGACUCAACACUUUAGCUCAUUAUAAUGUCCGAGAUAAUGCCACUUUGGUGCUGUCCAGAGUUCUGCACACACAAGCAUUCCACCAGCACCAAGACAGCUAUGAAGAAAAAAAUUCCUUAUUAGAAGAUGACAACACGUACCACCUGGUCAGAACUCCAGAUGAAAUGGACGAAGGAAAGUCUAAAAGAGGCAGCAUGAAAGACAAAGCCAUGACCAAAGCGAUCACUGAGAUCUACCUGACCAGGCUCUUGUCUGUCAAGGGAACUCUGCAACAGUUUGUGGACGAUUUCUUCCGCAGUGUGCUCAGUUCAGGAUUGGUCGUGCCGCCCGCUGUAAAGUAUUUCUUUGACUUCCUGGAUGAACAAGCGCUCCGACAUGAUAAUGUGGAUGAGGAGACUUUGCACAUAUGGAAGACAAACAGUUUGCCUCUGCGCUUCUGGGUGAACAUCUUGAGGAAUCCCCACUUUGUCUUCGACGUUCACGUGACGGAGGUGGUCGACGCUUCGCUGCACGUCAUUGGCCAGACUUUUAUGGACGCCUGCACCAAGUCUGAGCACAAACUUAGCCGGGAGUCUCCAAGCAACAAGCUGCUCUAUGCAAAAGAGAUUUCUACAUACAAGAAGAUGGUGGACGACUACUACAAAGGCAUUAGACAGAUGAUUCCUGUGAGUGACCAGGAUAUGAACACACACCUUGCAGAAGUGUCCAGGCAACACACAGACAAGCUGAAUACCCAGGUGGCCUUACAUCAGCUCUAUCAAUACGCCAGCAAGUACUACGACGUGAUUAUCCAGUCGCUCGAUGAAGAUCCCGCUGCUCAGAACAGACAACUCACCCUUCGGCUACAGCAGAUCGCAGCCGCGCUUGAAAAUAAAGUCACAGAUCUUUGA